GUGACUAUCUAUCCGCGCAUGCGCAGUGGACCCGCGACUGUUGUGCUCAACAGCCUGCCUUUCAUUGUAUGCCACAUACAGUAAACUCAAAGUGCAAACGUAAAAUAUACUAAUCGUUAUUUACAACGCCAUUUAACAUCUUAAAGUGGAGCGGCAUUGUCCCGAAAGGACACAUCUAAAGACCUGAGGCGACGAGGCUAACGUAGCUGAAGAUAGCUGCAGCUAUGAGCUUCUUCGGUUUUGGCCAAAGUGCGGACAUAGACAUAGUUUUAAACGAUGCAGAAACAAGAAAAAAAGCGGAGCACAAAGGCGAAGACGGCAAAAAGGAAAAGUAUUUCUUGUUCUACGAUGGAGAGACGGUGUCGGGGAAAGUAAACGUGACGCUCAAAAACCCGGGCAAGCGGCUGGAGCACAGUGGCAUCAAGAUCGAGUUCGUCGGCCAGAUCGAGCUCUACUAUGACCGGGGUAACCACCAUGAGUUUGUGUCGCUGGUGAAGGACCUGGCUCGUCCCGGAGAGAUGACCCAGUCUCAGACAUUCGACUUUGACUUCACACACGUGGAGAAGCCCUACGAGACGUACAGUGGUGCAAACGUCAAACUGCGCUACUUCCUGCGAGCGACGGUGGGCCGGCGGUUGAACGACAUCACCAAAGAGCUGGACAUCGUGGUGCACACGCUCAGUAGCUACCCGGAGAUCAACUCCUCCAUCAAGAUGGAAGUGGGCAUUGAGGACUGUCUGCACAUUGAGUUUGAGUACAACAAGUCAAAGUAUCACCUGAAAGACGUGAUCGUAGGCAAGAUCUACUUCCUCCUGGUGCGAAUUAAGAUCCGGCACAUGGAGAUCGACAUCAUCAAGCGGGAAACCACGGGCACGGGGCCCAACGUCUACCACGAAAAUGAAACCAUCGCCAAGUACGAGAUCAUGGAUGGAGCACCAGUCAGAGGGGAGUCCAUCCCCAUCCGGCUGUUCCUGGCCGGCUAUGAGAUGACGCCGACCAUGAAGGACGUCAACAAGAAGUACUCUGUGCGCUACUACCUCAACCUGGUGCUCAUAGACGAGGAGGAGAGGCGCUAUUUUAAGCAGCAGGAAAUCACGCUGUGGAGGAAGGGAGACGUCGUGAGGAAGAGCAUGUCCCAGCAAGCGGCCAUCGCCUCUCAGCGCUUCGAGGGAACGCCCAGAGUGGAGAAGUCCCCGGCCCUGGAGGAUGACAGCUAAAGUCUGAGAGAGAGAGAGAGAGAGAGAGAGAGAGAGAGAGAGAGAGAGAGAGAGAGAGAGAGAGAGAGAGAGAGAGAGAGAGAGAGAGAGAGAGAGAGAGAGAGAGAGAGAGAGAGAGAGAGAGAGAGAGAGAGAGAGAGAGAGAGAGAGAGAGAGACCCCCCUUUAAGGACCCCACACUGUUCUGCUGUUUGAUUUCUGAUGGAAUGUACUUUUUUUAUUUCUAUUUUGUGAGUGAAGAAGAGUAAGGAAUUGUGCAUUCAACUGCAGCGAGCACCAGAUGGAUUUUUACUCAGAAAUAACUACUUUUUUUAUGACAUUUUCAUUUUAUUUCAUUAUUUUUGUUCUUUAUGAGAAAAACUACCGUAAUCUGGUACUCAAGGGAAGGAUUUUGAAAGGUUUUUAAAAAUUGGUAGGGCUCCGGAAUUGGGAUGUGUAUGUAACCAACUGCCAUCUAUAGCAUGUCUCCAAUGUCAUCCAGAGAAGCGAGAACUGCAUUUGUCUUUUAUAAGACUUAUAAGACUUUUUUUGGCCACUUUACUUCAGGAAACUGGUCCACCUUUUUUUGAUGAUACUGAUCCUUGAGUUUGAGUACAACAAGUCAAAGUAGGUGGUGCUGGAGAUUUUCUAAGCAUCUACAAUGGAAGAUAUAUAAGAAGUUUAAAGCAAACGGCAGUUUUAUUGUUUGCACUUAAAGGCAGACAAUGAGGAUUUAGAGCAUUGACUUAUAACUUUGCUUGCACCCUCUUCAUACAUUCCAAGCCUUUCACUAUCCUUUUCAAAAGAAAUUCAAAUUUGUAUGUGCAACAUCCAUUUUACCAGCAUUUUAAUAUGGUUUUGAUGGUAUGUCAGUUGAAAACUAAAAAAGGAUUGUUUUGUAAAUUUGCUGCUGCUAAAACAAAUGUGUGUGCGACUUUUAAACAAAACCCCAAUGUAUAAUUCAAAGUUAAUUAACUCCAUUUGUAGCCUGCCAAUGCUAUUUGCUCUUUAAUCAGUUUUAACUUUUCUUUUUUCUUUGAUCCAUGCCAAUUAUUUAAAGUAUGAGAGUCAAGAGACUAGUGUUUUCAAAAUAAAUAAGUUGACUUGUGAUUUUGCCAAACAAAAAAAGCCCUCCACUCCACUAAUCCCUGGGUUUAUCAAGAGAAAUGAGUCAGUAUUUCACCAGUGGUCUGCCUGUAGUUUAGCUAAUGUAGAUGCCUGCCACAUAAGGCUAGUAGGCUAGACUGGCCAGGCCACCUCUUACGUCUGACGUUGCCAGUAGUUGAAUAGAACUGUGCCUCAUUGUCUGUUGCCAAAUGGUUUCAGAUUAACCCUUAAAAAAUGGAUGUUGUUCCCUUUUCAGCCCAGCGCCUCUAAAGUUAGUUUGUAAUUUUUAGAUGUGGCACACACCCAGCUCCUAUGGUGACCACAAUGUUCAGACUUACGCACACGCUCAGCAUCCUUCAUUCUAUGCUGGUUCUGUUGUUGCUGUUGAAACCCCUACCCACCCCCUCCUCCUCUUCGCACUACUCCUUGGUUUAGAGAAGGUAUAGGGUGGCAUAUCUCACAUGUUGGUGUUGGUCUCGUCUCAGCUGUCUUGGGUCCUGCUAGAGGCUUCUCACUGUGUCUGCAUAGUUCUGUAUCUUAACCGGAGAGGAAUAGUGCAGGCCUUGCCUUCACACCAUGUGGUUGUUGUUGUUGAUGAGUACAUUAUUGUGCGUGUCUCAGAGCAACUCGGACAGUAGUUUGGCAGUUUGGAUAUUCAAUGCUAUUCUAGGUUGCUUGAGGCCUAGAUCUAUUACUCAGGACAUAGGUCAACGCCAUCUUAAAGGAGGUGUUGAAGCCCUGGAUGGCAGUAUAUGUGCAUAUUGUGUUUGAGUCAUAUCCUAAAGAUCAUUGUUGCAUGGGUGAGCAUUGAGAGGUAAUUGUUUUUCUGGUUCAACAUUCAGUUGCACUGCCACUCUUUAAUGUAUAUAAGAUGUGUAUAUUUGUAUCUUUAAAAAACCUUUAAGAGUAAAAAGCACUGAAGCCAUGCCUCCAGGGCUCAGCCUCAUUCAUAAUGCUUGGCCUGUAUUAUUUUUCUUGUCUGCAAAUUAUAUCACUAUAAAUCUUUGCUGUUUAACCUUUCUUAGCAUUUAUUAUGACGGGAUGAUGCUAGGCAGUUAAUAAACUGUUUCAUAAGAUCACCUUAUCAGACACAUUAAGGUUUGUUUUUAACUGGUAUGACCAAUACCAGGAAUACUUGAGAUUACUUGCAGGAUAUAAAGACAUUUUUAUAGACUUCGAUUUUUUUUCUGCAAUGCUCUUUAUCAUGACAUUUCAUCAACGUAUAAUCUUCCCUUGUCCCUUGACUUCAAUAAGUCAUGGAUAGAAAAUUUCAAGUAGGCCUACUGUGUGUGUGAGUGUGCGUGUGUGCAUGGCCAUUGUUGUGUCCUUGAAAAGUUGUUUGUGUUCUCCUUUUUUUUAGAGGUACACCCUACUCCAUAUACUUCUUUUCCUGGUUUACUCAUUGUGUUUUGUCAGUUUUCCCUUCAAAAAUUAAGCCAUUAGUAUUGGAGGAUUUGGGCAGUGGGAGUGAUCCGUGAGGUGUUAACUAACCUAUUUUGUGACGAGAAUGCAAAUAAAAAAUAGAGUGAGAAAAUUUUAGAAAAAACAACACAUGUACAAUGUAAAAUAGCUCCUUUGUACAUGAAAUGUUUCGCUCACUAUAAUUUUUAUCAUGUUUUCUAUUUCUGUGCUAUUUUUAAUUAAAAGAAUACUAAUUUAGUCUUAUUACACAGGAACAUGUUUGAAUUAUCAAUUUUAGAACAUUUAUUUCCAUGAAUCCUGGUAUUAAACUUUAAAUGUAUUUUUAA